GAAAUGAAAUGACGGAGACAGUAGCAGAGCAAGAAAGAAAUAUAAGCUAAAGCUUUUAGAUAUUUUUCUGGUUUAGGGUUUUUGGGUAUAUUCUCUUUAACUCUUUCAUUCGUUUAUCUGUGAAACCAUGUCACUUUUGUCUCUCUUCCCAGUUUUCAGUAGUAACCCAAGAGUUCUUCACUCCCCACUUCACUCUGUUGGUCAGACGAGAGCUAAAACUCGCCGUUUUGUGGCCUUAUCCACUCACUCCAACGCUAAGAUUAUUAAGACUAACAGGAAGUCGAGGUAUGGACGGCAACUGUCUAUGUAUGAUAAUAGUGAAGAGGAUAUAGAGGAAGAGGAGGAAGAAGAUGAAGAUGACGUGGAAGAAGAUGAUUGGUUGGUCGAUGAUGAUGAUGACUUUGCAGAAGUUAAGGAAUAUGUUGUCAAUGGAAAGAAGUAUAAGUCACAGAAGAGAUGGAAUUCUAAAAUAGGCAGUCAGAGAUCACCAGUUACAGGCAGGAGCAUUGGGUCAUUAAAAUCUGGUGGAAGCCUUAGAAUUGCUGAAAACCAAUUGGAUGGAAGAAAUAGAAGAAAUACUCUAGGGAAGAAUAGUAAUGGAAAUCCUUAUCAUGCUUCCUACUAUACUAAGGAAGUUAAUUCAUUUGAUGGUGGAGGAAAGCAUAUGACAAGGAGUUCCAUGGAGAAUAGAUAUCAAUUGCUAUCUGAAGAAAUAGAGUUGGAUGAGAAAUGGCUCCCACUUCUUGAUUAUCUAAGCACGUUUGGGUUCAGUGAAUCUCACUUUAUCCAAAUGUAUGAGAGGCACAUGCCUUCCCUUCAGAUAAAUGUAUGUUCUGCACAGGAAAGGUUGGAAUACUUGUUAAGUGUUGGUGUCAAACAGAGAGAUGUCAGGAGGAUUCUUCUGAGACAACCACAGAUUUUGGAAUAUACUGUUGAUAACAAUUUGAAGUCCCAUGUAAAUUUCUUGAUGAAUUUGGGUAUCCCAAGUACCAGAAUAGGACAGAUAAUUGUUGCUGCUCCAUCCCUUUUUUCUUACAGUAUUGAGAAAUCACUAAAACCAACAGUGAGAUACUUAGUUGAAGAGGUUGGCAUUAACGAAAAGAGUAUCGGUAAAGUUGUGCAACUGAGCCCUCAAAUUCUGGUUCAGCGGAUUGAUAUGUCCUGGAACACUCGUUAUCUUUUUCUUUCAGAAGAACUGGGAGCUCCUAGAGAUAGUAUAGUCAAGAUGGUAACAAAACAUCCUCAACUCCUUCAUUACAGCAUUGAUGAUGGAUUACUACCAAGGAUAAAUUUCCUGAGAAGUAUUGGAAUGCAUAAUUCUGAAAUCUUGAAAGUCUUGACAAGCCUUACACAGGUAUUGUCCCUCUCACUGGAAGAUAAUCUAAAACCGAAGUACUCAUACCUGGUUAAUGAGCUUCGCAAUGAGGUGAAGUCCUUGACCAAAUAUCCCAUGUACUUAAGCUUGUCCUUGGACCAGAGAAUUAGACCACGACACAGAUUCUUGGUUUCCCUUAAGAAAGCUCCAAAAGGGCCAUUUCCUCUAAGCUCACUGGUUCCAACAGAUGAAAGCUUUUGCCAGCAGUGGGCUGGUACUAGUUUAGAUGAAUAUUUGGCAUUUCGGCAGAGGUUGCUACUCAAGGAUUUUGCUAAUAAAUAUGAUAAACGGGAAUAAUAUAUUUUCCCAUUUUGUUCUUUGUUUAUACUACCAAAGUUUUGUAGUAGCAGAGUUAUCAUUCCCCAAUUUAAGGGACCGGUGAAGCUGGUUUUGUGGAGUGGUUACAGAAGUAAUAUUAGCACUGGAGUUGAUCCAGAUAUUUGUUUAUUUCACUUGUCAUUUAAACUUUCUCUUGGAGGCAUUCAGAUGAGAAUAUUUUACUAACUGCUUAUGUAUGAAGAUAAAAUAUUUCAAGUAUAGUACAUAAAAACAAGAUCUUCUAUGUGUGUAGCACUUGUUACAAAUUCGCAUUUUCUGAUUGUUACCUGACCGAUUGCAGGCUGCUGCAGCCUAGUUAUAUUUUAUCAAGAAUACUUUUGGAAGGAGCAAGUUGUAUAAACUGCAAGUUUUCCCAAACCGAUGGACACAUAUACUUCUUUUUUCUUAUGGUUCAAAUAUAAUUAUUUUUUGCCCUGCCGAUACUUCCUGCUAGAUAAAAUUAUUUUUGUAUCUCUAUUAAAUGUAAAAUUGGUUGGACACUUGAAAAAGUGUAAAUAUGCUUUUCCAGGUUACUCCUUCUCAUGUUUUUUAUGUGUAUUUGUUACCUGGCUGCUAAAGCAUACCUUAACCUUUUCUAUGUUAGGCUGGAUUGCUGAUUAUUGAAGCAAUGUGCUUGUACAUGAACAAAAGCAUCAGAUCUUCUAUUUCCUUGCAGAAUCCUUCACAAAGUAGAGUACUUAGGCUGUUUUUUUGUCAGUUUUAAGUUUGUUGGUAGGUCUCAUCAGAAUUUGUUUAUCAGAAGGCAGAUCUAUUGGAUUCCUCAGCUGAAAGGUUGAUAGUUGUCUUCCUCUAGGAAUUGGCCAACUAAUGCAAAAUAUUCAAUAUUCAAUAUUCAACAGUUCCUUGGGGAACCAGGAGAGGCAGGAUGUCAUUUUCAAGCUGUGUUUUUGACCUAGUCCCAGGUGUCUUCUUGUUCCUCAAAAUGUGAUGUAUGUUGUUCAUUAAUCUUCGUUCUUUCUAGCCUAAUGAAGACGCCAUUUUCGCUUUUA